CUUCUCUGCCUGGCUCGAGUCUUGUCAACAAAAGUCCAUCGUCACGUCAGGAAAUCGUCCAAUUCAGCAGUACAUAAAAAAGACGACUUGCAAUUUCCCAUCGAAUGUGACCAAUGCUCCGGGACCUCAACUACCAAACCCCACAAUGGCGCCGCCGCCCACAAAGCGACGAAAGCGUGCCAUUGUCGAUGAUUCCGACUCCGACGAUGCGGCUACCGAACAGCAGCAGCAACAGACCAAGAACACCCUGAAGCGGUUUCUCUUUUCUCCUUCGGAGAAGAGCAAGAAUGGAGAUAAGAGACUCGCCGACACCACCGCUGCUGCUGCUUCCCCUGGCGCAGAUUCCCCCAGCCCUGUGCGCAAGCGGACUACCCGCGCUGCUACAGCUAUUUCUGCCGCAGAGCCGCUGGCCAUUCGGAGCCCCAGCACAAGCCCUAUCAAGACCCGGGCGAGGGCUGCACAGAGAAAGCGGAAGGCAGAAGAGGACAAGGACAAGGAGAGGGGCAAGUCGGCUGACCUGCUAGCGCUGUUCUCAAAGCAGGCCGCGCGGAAGAGCCAGUCGUCGCUUUCUUCCUCGUCGACCAGUGGCCGUAGCGGAGACUCGUGGCCGUCAUUGUCGUUCAGCAGCAAUGGGUACGGAAAUGGAACUGCGAACGGGAAGAGUGGUGCGGCAGGAGGUGGGAGCCUCAGUGUCGGCUCAAGGAACGAACGGCUCGACGAUAUUACCAGCGAUCCUGUUUCCGAGGGCGGCGGGAAAGGCCGGGAGGCGGACGACGAUGACGAUGUACCGCUGUACCUGUCAUCUGCAGCUGCCGCGUCGUCGAGUCUGGUGGGGAAGGCGAAGGCGGCGCAUAAGAGGUUUGGUGGAGCCGAGCCUGGGUCACAGCGAAACGCCGCCGCCAGUGGUGGAGGGAAGAAAUUCCUGAAGCCGCCAGCGGCGCCGCGGCCGAACGCUAUAUCUGUCGUGUCGGCCGAUGCUGACAACGACGCCCGUCCCUGGUCGGAACGGUUCGCGCCGGUGAACUUGGAUGAGCUGGCGGUACACAAACGCAAGGUGAUGGACGUGAGGCGGUGGUUGGAGGAAGUACUUGCCGGACGGAUGAGGCAGCGGCUGCUGGUGCUCAAAGGUCCAGCUGGGUCGGGAAAGUCAACAACGCUGCGCCUGCUGGCGAAGGAUUUGCGGUGCGAGGUGCUGGAGUGGAGGAAUCCGGCCAAUUCCUUUGGGAUGGCGGGCCCGGCCUACCAGUCUGCCGCAGCACAGUUUGAAGAGUUCUUGGGGAGGGGAGGAAAGUUCGGGCAGUUGGAUAUCGAGGAAGAGGCCUCGCCCAGAGCCGUGACGGCGAGCGGCGCAAGUGGGAACGUGAUGGCCAUGGACUCAGAACGGAGGCUGAUCCUGAUUGAAGAAUUCCCAAACACAUUUAUGCGCUCGUCGACUGGGCUGGUAGCGUUCAGGAAUGCGAUAUUGCAAUUUCUGGCGGCAAGCACACCCGCUCUCAUGGGGCUCGGACGCCACUACCAGUCAGAACCCGUGACACCAAUUGUCAUGGUGAUCUCGGAGACGCUUCUCACCACGACAUCGGCAUCGGCUGACAGUUUCACCGCCCAUCGAUUGCUUGGCCCAGAGAUUCUCCGCCAUCCUGGGACCGGCGUGAUUGAGUUUAAUCCUGUUGCACCAACAUUUCUCAGCAAGGCCUUGGAGUUGGUAGUGCAGAAGGAGGCUCGCAAAUCCGGAAGACGGCGCACCCCUGGUCCUCUUGUCCUCCAACGGCUAGGCGAGAUUGGAGAUAUUCGGAACGCCGUUUCAUCCCUCGAAUUUCUCUGCGUCAAGGGCGAUGACGAGGCGGACUGGGGUUCCAAGAUCGCGUUUACCAAGCCAAAGCGCGGCUCCAAGGAGGUGCCAGUGCUCACAAAAGGCGAGCAAGACAGUCUUGAGCUGGUGUCCCAACGGGAAGCCACAUUAGGGAUCUUCCACGCCGUUGGGAAAGUAGUCUACAACAAAAGGAGCGAUUUCCCCGCAGGAUCUACUGAAGCGGCAGCAGAAAUACUGCCCGAGUACAUGGCUCAUCUUUCCAAGCCUAAGCGGUCCGAGGUCUCGGUCGACACGCUGAUGGAUGAAAUCGGUACCGACACUCACACCUUCAUCUCGGCUCUCCACGAAAAUUAUGCGCUGUCCUGCGAGCAGAGCAGUCCACUCGAUCCGAAUUCGUCCCUAGACUACAUCAACGGCUGUCUCGACUAUCUCUCCGAGAGUGACCUCCUGUGUCCCUCGUGGGACAUCUUCUUCGGGGGUAAGGGAUUCGGGGGCGGAUACUGGGGCAGGGAUACGGGUAGCCAUAUUUUGCGGCAGGAUGAGAUGGCGUUCCAGGUCGCCGUGAGAGGGCUCCUGUUCUCGCUGCCGUCGCCAGUGAAACGGCAAACACACCCAACGGGGCGCGGCGGGGACGCCUACAAGAUGUUCUAUCCAACCUAUCUCAAAUUGUGGCGGGCCAAGGAGGAACUGGAAGGGCUCGUUGACAUGUGGGCAACCAAGAUGUUGAAGGGGGAAGACGGCGGGCCAGGGCCUCCACAGUCUUUGUCACAGGGGGGGCUUGCAUUUGCAAACUUUGGUUCACCGGCCUCGCGCAAGCUGGGGGCUAAUGGGUCCCCAAGCCGUCUGGUAUCUUCAUCGGCGAGGACGGCGGGCAAAUCAGAAGCUCAGUCCCAGAUGUCCGCCGCGCCGCUGCUCUCGCUAGGCAGUGCCGCACGUCGGGAGCUUCUCCUUGAGCGGCUACCGUACAUGGCUCACAUUGCCCGUGGGCGGCGUUGUUCGUUCGCCACGAUGCGUGUGAAGGACCUCGAGCGCAUAGUUUCGUUCCAGGGCAUCGGUACGCUAGGGGCGGGUGAAGAUGAGGGUGAGGAUGCCGGGGACGAUGACAGCGGCAGCGGCCUGGGAAUAGCCGAAUCCUGGGCGACGGACCGACCUAUUGAGGAGGGGACUCCUCGUAAGAGACGAGGGCUGGGAGCGAUUCUGAGCGGCCGCGCGGGGACGGGGACGAAAGAAGGAGAAGAGAUUGCGAGUUUGCCAAUGCAGAGCCUGGUAAUUAGUGACGAUGAUAUUGAGGACGAUUAGGUACACGGAUUCGGGGUAUGCAGUUCGCUCGUCAGGAAUUGCUGACUGCGUCGAGGUAAGGCGUUGACUGUGUAUAGGCGAUGCUAGGGACUUAUGGAAUCAAACAUGAACUGUCUCGGAUGACCGACAGCUUCGUGCUGCACUUGUUCUAGCGAGUCC